GUGUGUGUGUGUGUGUGUGUUAGUCGAUUAGACAGGGGACUCUGUAAUCACACAUGCAGCGUUCAUUGAUCAUUACCAACCACCUGCCAGAGACAUCAGACCCAUUAUGGAUGAAGGAAAGCAGCUGACCGGCACGCUGGCUUUAGCUGUGUUCACAGCAGCUCUGGGAUCCCUGCAGUUUGGAUACAGCCUUGGAGUCAUCAAUGCCCCGCAGAAGAUCAUAGAAAAUCACUAUGCUCGGGCCUUGGGGGUGUCGUUAGAGAGGUCUAGGAUGCUGGGAAACAGCACCGACCUCCCUGAGGAGCCAAAAGACCCUUCAGUGGUCAUGUACUGGUCAUUGUCUGUGGCUGUCUUCUCCAUUGGUGGAAUGAUCUCCUCUUUCCUGGUGGGGUUCAUUGCUGACCUGAGGGGGAGGGUGAAGGGCAUGUUAAUGGUCAAUUUUCUGGCCAUCAUAGCUGGACUUCUGAUGGGACUUUGUAAGAUGUGGAUGCCCCACAUCAUGGUCAUCAUGGGUCGUGCUGUUAUGGGCUUCUACUGUGGGUUGACUUCGGGGUUGGUGCCCAUGUACAUUGGAGAGAUAGCACCCAAAGCAUACAGAGGGGCUCUUGGAACCUUACACCAGCUGGCUAUAGUCAUCGGUAUCCUCCUCAGUCAAGUGAUAGGCUUGGACUUUGUACUGGGCAACGAUGAAAUGUGGCCGCUGUUGCUGGGUUUGUCCGGAGCCCCCGCCAUAUUGCAGUCCCUUCUUCUGCCCCUCUGCCCCGAGAGCCCCCGGUACCUUUACAUCCUGCUUGGCAAAGAGCAAGAGGCUAAAAAAAGUCUUCUUCGUCUAAAGGGGCCGUGUGAUACGACCUCUGAUCUGGAAGAGAUGAAGAGGGAGAAAGAGGAGGCGGCUAAGGAGCCGAAGGUUUCCAUCCGUUCUCUGAUCUUCUCCUCCGUGUACAGGCAGCAGCUGAUUGUUGCCCUCAUGAUGCACCUUUCCCAGCAGCUGUCCGGCAUCAAUGCAAUCUUUUACUAUUCCACUUCUAUCUUUGAACAAGCUGGUGUCAGCCAGCCGAUCUAUGCCACCAUAGGAGUUGGGGUGAUCAACACAAUCUUCACUAUGGUGUCUGUCAUGCUGGUGGACAGGGCUGGGAGGCGCACUCUGACUUUGGUUGGUCUGGGAGGAAUGUGUGUCUGUGCCAUCGCUAUGACUGUGGGCCUCAAAUAUCAGCUUGACCUGCCAUGGAUGAGCUAUGUCAGCAUGGUAGCCAUCUUUCUCUUUGUGAGCUUCUUUGAAAUUGGCCCCGGUCCUAUCCCGUGGUUCAUUGUGGCGGAGAUCUUCAGCCAGGGGCCCCGACCGGCGGCCAUUGCCCUCGCAGGCUGCUGUAACUGGACCAGCAACUUUAUCAUUGCCUUGACCUUCCCUUACAUACAGGCACUGAUGGGCUGCUACGUCUUCAUCCUCUUCGCUGCGUUGCUUCUCUGCUUCACUUUGUUUAUUUAUUUUCGUGUCCCUGAGACGAAGGGCAAAACUUUUGAGGAGAUUGCCGCCAUCUUCCAAAAGAAACGUCCAAUGGCUAAGCACAGCACUGAAUUGGAUCAGCUUAAGACAUCCACAGACGCUUAGAUGCAGAGUUUCCAUACUCUUUAUAAAAACAUAUUUACAAAAGAAAAAGUAUCAUCCUGCAAUGUCAAACAUGGAGCAGAGUUUACAUAAACUUGUAUUACAGGAGUGUGUCAAAGUAAUGUGCAACACUGGAUUUAUUCCAGCUGAGUGUUUUUUAUCCACCACUUUGAUUAUACCUGAAUUAAUGAGAAUCUACAUAGACAUUACACUAAUGUGGUUUGAUGGUCAGAGUAGCUAUAACUAAUGUUUUACAAUGCUGACAAAUCACAUAUGUGAAAGAUAGAAAUAGAAAUAGAAAUAUCUUUAUUGUCAUUGUACAUGUACAACGAAAUUACAGUGCAAUUUUUCCAGUGGAAUAAAAAGUCAAAGUAAGAAUAAAAAAUAAAUAACUAAACUGCGAAAUAAGACAAUACAAGAAAGAUAUGUAAAAAUAUGUAUAAAUAUAAAAAGGAGGUUACACCUUCUCCAGUUAUUGCACGCUUCCCUAAUAAAUGAACUUUAUUUAGCAGU